UGAGUUCCGUUAAAAAGUUAUAGGCUUGAAACAAAUAUUCAUUUCAUUAUAGUGCUUCCUAGAUCAGCAAGAAGUUGUAGAAUUGAAAUGGAUAUAUUCUUAUAGUAGUUGUAUAGAGUGCCAUAUGGUCUGCUCUGUCCAAUCUGUUAUCCUGCCAUCUUAGUUACCAUAUGUCCAUAUGUCAUGUACUUUCACUGUAACUGCUAAAGCUGUUGGAUUCUUUUACAUGAUCUUGUGGAGUGUGGACAUUUCAAUGUUCAUAUAUAACUACCAUAUUGUCAGUGUUACUUCAUAUGGUUCUACUUUCCCUUCCCAAAUUGAAAGCAAUCGUCUGCCUUUACAGUUCCUAUGCUGAAUUUUUUUCCCCAAUGCUCGUCCAUGCAGGCCGUAUGGCAUCAUAUACAUUCUCUUCUUCCUCUACGAGAUGCUGCACGCGUUGCCUGCGUGUCUCAUUCGUUUCGACGUUCUUGGAGAUGUCUUCCCAAUCUCAGCUUAACUAGGGAAACACUGGGUUUGAAAGGCGGGGUCGGUGGGAUAUCAUCUAAAAUAGCGCUUGAUCUUGCAAAGAGAACCGACCACAUUCUGAAAAACCACUCAGGCGUUGGCGUGAAGGCACUCAAACUUGAAAUACGUGAAUUUCCCUUUUUCAGCACCUCAUGUGAUGAUCUCAAUCGUUGGCUUGGUAUUGCCGUUAGACCAGGGAUUGAAGAACUUUAUCUGCAGCUUCAUUCAUCUCAUGCGGACGUGUACAACUUCCCAUGCACACUUCUACUUGAUGGGAGUGGCAAGUCGAUUCGGCACCUUCAUCUCGGUGAAUAUGCCUUCCGUCCCACAGCUGGAGUUGGCUGCUUAAGAAGCCUGACUAGUUUGGAACUGUAUGAUGUGCAUAUUACAGGGGAUGAGUUAAUGUGCCUUCUUUCCAGUUCAGUUGCUUUGGAGAAAUUGACACUAGCGUAUUGCGAUGAGUUGAUUUUCCUGGAGAUACCUAGCCUGCUGCAGCGGCUUAGCCACCUGGUUGUCCACGACUGCUUAAAUCUGGAAGUGAUAAAGAAUAAGGCCCCUUAUCUCUACAGUUUUGAAUAUGGUGGUGCCCUGGUACGACUAUCACUUGGUGUUUCAUUGCAAAACCUUGACAUUGAUGCUUCAGGGUGGGACGUUAUUCAUUAUGCUGGUGCCAAACUUCCAUGCAUGGUGCCAAAUCUUGAAGCUCUUAACAUACAUUCGUCUUAUGUGAGGGAUAUACUGGUGGUACCUGGCAAAUUCCUCCACCUCCAGCAUCUGUGUAUUGGGACAUUUACCCCAGACUAUGAUUAUUUCUCUCUGGUUUCUUUUCUUGAUGCUUGUCCUUCCUUGGAGACUUUCAUAUUGUCUGCAGAGCCGGAUUGCAUGGAGCAAGAAUCAGUUUUAGGAGAUUCUUUUCAUGAUCUAAGGCAGAUGCCAGGACACAUGCAUAGGAACAUCAAGGAUGUGCAGAUCAUUGGUUUUUGUUCUGCGAAGAGCAUGGUUGAGCUGACAUGCCAUAUUCUUCAGAAUUCAAAGCUGCUUAAGCGCCUUAAACUGAGCACCUGUUACAAUGGUGAGAUUUUGUGUUCCUACAACAAUAACGGUAAAUGUCUCCCGAUGAGUAGGGGUAUGAUGAUGGAAGCCCAUAAAGCUCUCUUGGCGGUGGAAAGAUAUAUUUUGGGGAAAGUUCCCUCAACCGUCGAGUUAGAACAGGGCCGAGCCGGCAAAAUCCGAGGCCCGGUGCAAAACUCUAAAAUGGGCCCUAUCUUACUAAGAAAAACCUACGUAAACAUACAACUAUAAUAAUAUAAAGAUCACAAUAUUUUACAUACCUAUUUUUUGUUUCUUCAAGCGCUUUUGGUAACCAGAUUCAUUUAUUUUAAAUGAAGACAUGACUUAAUACUUGUAUCUUGCAAUACUAAACGCUUCAUAGAUGAAAAGAAUAAAAUUUAAAAAAAUUAGUACCACUAAAUAGCAGGCAGAAAGCGAAACAAAGUUAAAGGAUCACAAAAACGCCGAUUAUUGACGCGAAGACGAUUAAAAUUUCCAGAUAGAAAGUUGGCCUGAACUUUCCUUGCCUUUAGAUUUCAGAUUCAGAUGAAUGAGGUCCUCUCUGCUGGCUACUCUUCGGCCGAUCCUGCCCUCCCACGUCCUGUCCCCUUACUCGUGAAAAGGAUCUACUCGUCGAAUUGGAACUGAAGUACUGAACAUCUCGACCCUGGAUUCAACACCAAGGAAAGAGGAUUGGAGAGGAGUCAGGAGCCCUAACCUGCCGCGUGGAGCGAUGGCCGCCAGCUGCAGACGAAGUUUCCCCAGCUCCAGAUGAAGGAACUCCUCGUCCUUUCGCUCGUCUCGAUCGAAUCUAGCGAUGGAUGAGGCCUUACUCCGAUGGCAACAGAGAUCCACAUUGAAGACUGAAGUCUGAAGAGGCCCAUCUAUAGUUCUAUACAAAGGAGUAAUACUACUGCGUAAUUUUUUUUUUGGGGCCCUUGAAAACGGGAGGCCCUGUGCAAGCGCACAGGUCGCACCCCCUUGGGCUCGGGCCUGGUACUAAGGAUCGUGGUUAGUUGGCCCCUCCGAAGGCAGGACAAGAACAACCGCAGCAAAACAGCAGAAAUUAGGUGUGAUGCACAUCCAGGAAGCAUUCAACGAGGUCAAUACUCUUCUUCGGCAGCAGGCGUAGAAAGCAGAGCUAACGCCUGGCGUUCCGCGAAAAGAGCGGGGAGUUGGAGCUAACGCCAGUGAUCAUUUUCUCAUAUCACCAUUUAUUUCAGGCCAAUGCCAGCCACCAUUGGAGAUGGCAAGCAAACCGAUUUUGGCACUCCGCAUGGUUAGGCAGUGGGCUGCGUUCGGACUCCAUUGUUUGGAAGCUCACGGCAGACGGGGGUCUA